AUGGAAAAAAACAAAAUAAUAAAUAAAAUAUAUGGUAAGAAUAUUAAUAAUAAUCAAAAUAUUUCUUUACAAAUGCUAUCAAAUACUAUGAAUGGAAUGCAUAAAAAUAGUAAUGGAGACAUUGAACGAUCAUUAGAUAUGACUAAAAUAAAUUCUAUAAUUAAUACAAAUGAAUUAAAUUGUAAUGAUUUAAUUAAUAAUAAAGCAAAUAUUGGAAAUAUUGGAAAUGUUGGAAAUGAAAUAAUAUAUGUAAAUGAUAAACAAUAUGAGAGAAUUUUAAAAAGGAGAAUGAGAAAAAUAAAACAAGAUAUUGAAAAAAAAAGAAAAGUUCGUGUAUAUAGAACUAUUCAAAAAAAAGUCGUUCCUACAACGAACUCCGAAAAUAAUAUAAAUUUAAAUAAUAAUUUUAGCACUUCUUUAUAUAACUACGAUUUAAACUCAAAUGAUUCCUAUAUGAAAAAAAAUGAAAAUUCCAAUAGAUAUAUUUCAUUAAAUGAAAAUAUGCAAAAUAUUUAUGAUAUGAAAUCAAGUAAAAAUUAUGAAAAGAAUAUGUAUAUAAAUGAUUACAAUAACUACAGUAAUUUAAAUACAGAUGAUGACUAUAAAAAAUAUUUAAACAUAUGUGAAAUAAAUAAUAUGAACAAUAUGAAUAAUAUUAAUAAUAUGAAUAAUAUUAAUAAUAUGAAUAAUAUGAAUAAUAUUAAUAAUAUGAAUAAUAUUAAUAAUAUGAACAAUAUGAAUAGUAUUAAUAAUUUAAGUAAUAUGGAAGAAUUAAAUAACGUAAGUAAAAUGAAUAGUUUUGAUCAUUUUAAUAAUAUAAAUACAAUGAAUAGUUUCAACCAAAUUAAUAAUUUAAAUAAUGUUAGUAAUUUUCCUAAUACUAUGAAUGAAAAUUUCUUAUAUGGGCAAUAUAACUAA